GUGCUGAAGAUGUUCCCAGUAACUUGCAGCUAUCGUCUUUGGUGGGGUGGGCUUCAGAGGAGAAUCUGCCUGAGCCGGCAAGUGCCGAGUAGGUGGCACAUUGAACAGAUGCAUGUCCGAGUUGGAGACCAUGCUGAACUCACCAGGGCCUUCACACAGAGGGACGUGGCCACCUUCUCAGAAUUAACGGGGGAUGUCAAUCCUUUGCAUUUAAAUGAAGAGUUUGCAAAACACACCAAGUUUGGAAAGACAAUUGUACAUGGAGUUUUGAUCAAUGGGCUUAUUUCAGCUCUCCUGGGAACUAAAUUGCCAGGGCCAGGCUGUGUUUUACUUUCACAGGAAAUUAGCUUUCCAGCCCCUUUACAUGUUGGAGAAGUUGUUUUAGCUUCCGCAGAAGUGAGAAAGCUAAAGCGGUUCAUUGCUGUUAUUGCAGUGUCGUGUUUUGUAAUAGAAAGUAAAAAGACUGUUAUGGAAGGCUUGGUUAAAGUUAUGGUCCCAGAAACUCCCAAAUCCUGAAACGUGUGUAAAGAUGCACGUUCAGGUGCUAGUGGUACUGUUCGUGAGGAGCCUCUGAGGAAAAUAGGUUUUGCUGCUCUUCACUGAAGGAUGGCUUAUAGACCCAGAAGCCUGAGUUGGGGAAGGGGAGCAGGGAGAGGGGUGUGCAAAAGUCCUCUGUCCAAUCCAGUUUUAUGCUUCACGCAGACUUGAGUAUAUUCAUCAUCUGUCUGGGUUUUUAAAAUUGAAAAAUUAUUGGGGCGCCUGGGUGGCGCAGUCGGUUAAGCGUCCGACUUCAGCCAGGUCACGAUCUCGCGGUCCGUGAGUUCGAGCCCCGCGUCAGGCUCUGGGCUGAUGGCUCAGAGCCUGGAGCCUGUUUCCGGUUCUGUGUCUCCCUCUCUCUCUGACCCUCCCCCGUUCAUGCUCUGUCUCUCUCUGUCCCAAAAAUAAAUAAAAAAAAAAACGAAAAAAAAAAAAUAAAAA